UAGCAUGCUGUUUUAACGGUCGGGCAGUCUAUGAAUUAUUGAUGAUCUGUCUCAUACACAAAGAGAGUGCCUAGGCCUAAAAGAGUAACAUAUAAGUGGUGAAGUGACACAAUGGCGGGAGGAGUGUUCCACGUGGAGUUUGGAAUCAAUGAGACCAACUUGACACGAGCAUUAGAACAGGGAAACUUUGUGACUGCAGAAAAACUCAUCAGAGAUACUAAUAACCCAUCUUUUUUAGAUGAAGGUUGUUACCAGAGGACGCCCUUGUUUAUCUGUCUGUGUGGUAUGGAUGAAGAAGAGAAGAGAGUGCGACCAAGAAACCUUUACCUGGCAAAACUAAUGAUAGAGCAUGGAGCAAAUGUCAAUUUUAGAGUUCCCACUACUUAUUUUGGUUCUGAAUUUGAAAGUCCUGGUCUCAGUCCAUUAGAACUGCUCACAGAUUUCUACAACGACCUCACAAAACACAGACACCACUAUGGAAAUGAACCAUGGACGACCUAUCAUUGUGGCUGGGAUCCUCACAUUGAUGUGGUGGUAGGCCUUAACAAACAGUACCUUACCACACUGGAGGAGGUCAUAGAACAUGUGGAGGAUAUCAUGUUUGUAAUCCUCACCCACGGUGGAGAUGCAAACGUUGCUGAUCUUUCCAAGUUAACACCUCUACACAAAACAUCAAUAUUUAGCUAUGACAAUCGCCUGCUGAAACUCCUGGUAGAAAAUGGGGGUAACCUGAAUGCCCUGGAUACAGAGGGCAGUUCUCCUCUCCUGCUUAACAUAGCUAAUCGGCGUGGUCAGACAGCGUUGUUUCAUUGUGUGAUACGGGGUGAUGUUGAUGCCUCCUACAAACUAUUGAAGGCUGGAGCUAGUCCUUCCAUCAGAGGUGUAGUGUGGGAAACCAGAAAAAAGAAAAGGAAGUUGUCGCCCAUAUUUGCGUCAUUCCUGUCAAUUCCUAUACAGCGGACGUUGAGCUGGCAAAACAUGCAUCACAAGCUGGCUACAGCCCCUCAUCAGUUUGGACAUCUGGUAGAUCUUGGUUACUUCAACACAAAGGAAAUUGUGGAGGAAAUGACAUUGUAUAUUGAGAAUGAAUUCCCAGAGUUUUCUGACCUAAAAUCAGUUAGUCAUAAACUUGUCAACUCGAUGUUUGGGAGGACAACAGCAACUCUACAACAAUUAGCUGCACGCAAGAUAUUUCACAGCUGUUUCCUGGAGGGGUCGUCUUCCCUUGGAAAACUGAUGCCAGCAGAGACUCUGAAGAACAGGUAUUCUAAUGCAGAUCUGAAGCACUGGGAUGUUUAUGAUGAGUAUGUGACUCUGGGUCUUAACCAAGCUGUUCUGCGGGCUUUGGUUAUACGUCUAAACUUACCACAAGACUCUGAAUUGAAUUUCAAAAUUGAACUGCUUUUACACAGAAUGGCAAGUAAGUUCUCCACUUACAAAGUGUUACAGCCAGAGACAAUCUUUGGAGGUGAUGACACUGACAACUCAAAUGACAGUAAUUCAGAGAGCCAAGAUGAAGGUGACUCUGAUUUGGAAUACUGGUGAUCUUUGUCUCUGAUAUGUUUGAAAUGUCCAUAUUGAUCAAAGUCUCUGAUCUGUUUGGCAUGUACCAGUCUUGCACCUGGUAUGUGAUAAGAGCUUGUUGGGAGACAAUCAGUUUUUAUCUUAAUUUCAUUGUAUUGUAUGUUCAGUGCCAAAGAAGCUGAUCACAAAUACACACACCAGCUGCUUUUGAUGUGUAAGGAAAUACCAGCUUUCUGUUGUACAGAAUCAAUCAUUGACUGGUCUUACUUUGUAAAUUACUCAGGACGGUACAACUCCUUAAUUCUGAUGCCUGCAAGUAAUUUUUUUCAGGGUUUAUUAAAACGUUCAAUGUUAACUUUGAAACUUUUAGUCAGGCUAAUACACUCUUUGCAAAAAUGCCCGAGACGAUCACUCUACAUAUAAUGUUGUACACUCCAAGACAUAUUAAAAUUCUUGUAAUGUAUUUACAGGUAAUAGUGAAACCAAAAUUGUACCAGCGCUUUCAAAAAAUUCUAUCUGUAGUCGCAAUGCAAUAGAAAUGAAUAUAGAUGUAGAAUAGGAAUUGAAUGGGUGUUUUUUUUCAAAAGAAUUAGAUUGACACACCGUGCAUCAAGCAUAGGUAUGUAAAUAGAUGUCAUUGAAAUGCAGUUAUAUUUAAUACAUUUCUUUACACAGGUGAAAUUGUAAAAGUUAUACAGAAGGUGAUAAAUCACCAUUGUAUGUAUGGAUUUCUUGUCCAGAGGUGAAGAAGAUAGAUUUAUUAUAUCAGCAGUGCACCAUAUUGUUUAUUUCAAGCUGGUGCUAUACAUAUCAAUAUUGUUACACUUGAGAUCUAGCUAUUGUUUGUUUUAAUGUCACAGGAUACAAGGUCUUCAUUUGUUUUAGUUAUAACAUUGUAAAUAUUCAUUGGUUGUGAGAAUUGUUAGCUGCUAAACCAAUAUCAUGAUGAUUUAGUGGUCAGUUUUUAUCAAUUUUUAUUCUGAUGGUGUUUUCAAAAUGUUUCAUCACCUGUGUUAUCAGUCAGAUUUCAAUACCACAUUUAUAGUAGGUUAGAUUAGUUGAUAUAGCAGGUUGUUUCUAUAAAGAAAACUUCCACUUAUUGUUCACUAUAUAAUUUUUAUGUUGCUUUAUAAUCUUAACUUGUAUUAUCUGGAAAAAUAGGGAUUUAACUCCAGGAAACUUAUAACCAAAGAAGAACAUAUUAGAACAUGUCAUGUGCAAAUCAAAAACCUAGGUAAUCGGAAUAGUAAAGCUCUAUGGUUUCAGAUGUAUGAUAGUCACUGUAGUGUGUACCCUGUGUAGAAGUAUAUCACUGUGUCUAUAUGUAGUGUGUAUAAACAUCACCAUAACACUGACGUUUGUUGGGGAGACAUUGCCAAUGAUAUGAAGAGUCACCGAGACAGAAAACCUAUAACCAACCAACCAGACAACCAAAUAUGUAUACUGAAUAUACUACAGUGUACAUCUUAGAUAAAGAGAAGGGCUCUGUGGUUUUCAAUCAAAACCUAUUGUUUUAUAUAUAGAUUACAUGUUUUUAAAGAUUCCAGGGAACUUUUUGUUUGUUUUACCAUACAAAGUAUGGGCUUAACAAAAUUUGCUCAAAUGCAGAACAUUCAGUAAGAAAGGAGCUUGCAGUUAUAUCUGUUAGAAGUUGUGUUGUAAAUAUAAAUUAUUUUUGAUAAUUUCAUGCAGAAUUUUUUUUCGUGAGUAAUCAUUGCUUUUAUCAUUAAGGGCAAAGCUAGUAAAAUAUUUUAAUAGCUGGUAAAAAUUGACCUUUUUAUGUAUCACCAUUUAUAUAUUGUGAAAAUGUUGUCACAAAUUAGGUAGAAUAUUGUGAAGGAAUUAGCAUAACAAUACAUGCCACUUGGACCUUUUGCUAUAUAUGAUUUGCCAUAUUUGUAUUUUCUGCAGAGAUAUAUAUAUAUAUUGUAGUGAUAACUUUGUAUACAUGUGUUCUUUGAAUUAUUAUACUCUCUCCGUGUAUAUUUUCCUCAAUGUUGUAGAUAUAUAUAAA